AUUGCUCGUGUAGUGCUUACGUUGUCGUGUGGUUUUCGGUGCAUCAUGUCUGACGUGUGAUAAUUUCUUCUUUACGAAGGGCCAACAAGAAUUAACCGUAACCCACGAGGACAAACUUUGCAACAUAGUGGAUCGAGAACUGUCAAGCCACUCAGCACCCUUCAUUAGAGCACCGCCACGACAGAACAAUAGCCUCGUCAAUGUGAUCGCAGCAACAGUAAUACUCUGGGCCUGGCGCCCCUGCGCUGACGGUUACGCUCCGUGAAAGAAGCUGCUACAACGGUAAAUGGCCACUGGAGGCGGGAAAGUGGGUGGGGUGGACGGCCGCGUCCUCGACAUCCUUGGGAGGACAGGCGGCCUCCUUGUUUCCCCGCCGCAGUACUUCGCCGAUAGCGAGGACGCAAGUUCGGAGGAUGCUGCAGGGCCCUCCCGCAGUGCACCAGCAACAACUACGUUUGUGGUGUCGGGUCCUGCAGCUGUUGCUGGGCCAAGUGGCCUUACACAGCAACCGCCUACCCUCCAGCAGCCACCCUUCCAGCCGACCCCCCAGCCAACUCCACGAGAGCCGCAAGCACCCCCCCAUAGGCAGUCGAAGCAGCAAGACCUUGAGGGCGCCGUCCAUAUGGCUACUGCCGAAUAUGUUCGGCAGGGCCAGUCGGCGGAAGCCAGGGCACAGGAGGAGGCUCGCUUCCGCCGACAAAUGCUGGAGCAAAACCAGCGGCACCACGAGGCCCAUAUGGACAUCCUGCGCCAGCAGCAUACAGUCCAUAUGGAGGUCCUGCGGCAGCAACAUGCUGUCCACAUGGAGGGACUUCAACAGCUGAGGGAGGUGGUUGGCAGCAUGCGCGACGUGCAGCAGCAGCGGCUGGCAGUGGAACGACGCUCACAGGAGACACACCAGCGUAUCCUGCAGCUGCUGCUGGCUGCACUGGCCCAUGGUGGCAGCCAAGUCCCUCCCCCCUCUCAGGACCCACAUAUGUAAAUAAGAAGUAGCAUAGGCAAGGAAUUUUAUACCAUUUUUUUAUUAGCUUAAAUUUUGCUGUUGUAGUAAUGGUGAUAUGAAGGCCGGAUAUUGCUAGUUAGCAAGAAAUAAUUGCUCAAGUCACCCUUUCAUGCAACCACAAGUAGCAUAGCCGUUGCAGCAUGAUUUUUUUUGCUUGAAGUUGUACUUCAGCAAUAAGAGCGCCCACACUAUCACGCUCACCUGCACAAGUGCCAGCAAGCCCGAUGGUACAUUAAUCUGACUGCGGCAUUGCAAUUAUGCGGUGCCUAGUUGUUGUCAUGUCAAGUUAAGCACGAAGCAACACUGCAAAUGUUCUACAAUUCAAUCCUAUGUCAUCAAUGCGCCUUAAUGUAAUGUCACACGGAACCUCUGAAUAUGCACAGCAAAAAGCUCUGAAAAUUCCUUGCCUAUGCACCUUCACCUCAUCUGUAAUGUGUAUUUUUUUGCAUAUUUAUGUACAUAUUAUGCUUGCAUUUUUUUGGCAUGCAGGGCUGGAAUGUCUUCUUUUCUUGUUUGUUGUCAUAACAUUUUUUUUCCAUUUACUGUACUUUCAUGGUCAAUAUUUUUUUUGUAGUGACAUACAAGGCUUAAUGUCUUCUUUUCUUGUUUUUCAUUAUAACGUUUUGUUGCCAUUCACUGAUAUUUCAUGGUUAUUUCUUUUUUGUCGUGACAUAGGGGGCCUACUGUCUUCUUUUUCAUGAGUACGUUUUGUUGUCGUUCAGUGUUUUUCCAUGGUUUAUAUAAUUCGUUGCCGUGACAUACAGGGCUUGACGUCCUUUUCUUGUUUUUCAUUACCAGGUUUCGUUGCGAUUCAGUGUUCUUUCAUGGUUGUGAUACAUUGUACGUUUACCCCUCGUGUGCAAUAUUUAUGCAGUUUCUCUUACUCAAUAUCAAAGCAAGAUGUUAUGGCUUUCUUUUUCAGUAUGGAACUCCACGACAGCAUGUUCCUUUCACACGUAGUGAUGUACCUACAUAUUUUGCAGUGAUAUUCUUCUGUCGAUGCGUGAUUUAAGCACCUGCACCUUUUUCAGGUGCAGUUUAAGCCAGUUGCUAUUUCUGCAUAUUUGUGCAGCGUACAACACUUUCCUUACACGAUGCCUGCCGUUACCUGUGAAUCUUUCAGAUGCAAGAACAAUGUGAUGCAAUAUUUAUUGCAACUUGUCUGUGAUAUGUUGCAUAUGUCUCUACUGCUGCAGUACUCACUGUUCUCGCACUUAUUCAAUGUAGAGACUGUCGCACGUGAUGUGUACAUAAACAAGUGUUACCAAAAAAAUGUCUGUAUGUUGAAGGGUGAAAUAAUACGGAAAGGUGCAGUGUUCUGGUGCUUUUAUUUGCAUGGCGCUACUGUAUUUGCAGUGCUAGCUUGCACUGUGGAAAUGUAAUUACACACUCUGCAAUAUUCCAUUCCCCGAGUUCAGCUAUUUACAAUUGAGGGCACUUUGUUGAAAUGUAUCAACUGCUCAUGCGUGCCACACUUCACAGGAGCCACAGCAUUUGACAUGUCGGAUGACCAGGUGGACGGCAUUUUCGUCACUACAAAGGCACUUUGCGGUUGUUGCGAGACAAACUGGCGCAGGAACUAGAAGUUGCACGUGUAACAGCACGUUCAAUGGAGCGGAAGGUGUGACGUACACUGUACAUUUUGGCUUUUGGGAGCUUCUCUGCGACGAAUACAAAGCAAGUAGACAGGCGUUUCUGUCCAUCAACGCGUAAGGGAACACAGAACUUCACCGAUACGAGUAGAAAUAAUUAUGACAACUGCAGGCUACAUGCAUGGCACGCAGGGCAUCUAGGUGACGACAGCAGCAACAUGCAAAUCAUGGCAGACCCUUUGAAAAUACACUUAUUUUUAGCUUGCUUUCAAUCUUAUAUGUCGCCACUAAACAUACUGUUUUACUUAGUAUAAAUGCAGGCCUUACAUAACGGUUCACUACACAACUUUUACAUUCCUUGACCAGUCAUUAAUGCUUUGCAUUACAUA